GGAGGAGGAUCGUUUCCGGGAGUUGUUCCCGCGCUGUGACGAACAGCUGAUCGAGCCGAACUUCAGCGAAACGCGACGAUGAUUAAAACCGAGAAGGUUCUGCACCUGAAGAGCAGCCGAGGCCGGAAAGUCCGAGUGGUCCGUGAACACUACCUGAGGGAGGGCGUGGCCUGCGGCAGCUGCGCCUGCCAGGCGGCCUGUGACAACGAGGGGAAGCGUCUCCCGGACGACCUCACUCACUACGUCCUGCCCGACGUCAGCGUGGUCGUCGACUUCCUGGAGCUGCUGGAGUUCAGAGAGCUGCAGGGAAUCAUCUUCACCCAGACAGCAUGUCAGGCUGUGCAGACCAGCAGGGGGCGCAGGCAGUACAACCGCCUGCGGACCCUGCUGAAGGACCCCCGGCACGACUGCGUGCUGUUUGCCAACGAGUUCCAGGAAUACUCGUACUGCCCCCGGGAGAAGGGCGAGAGCCAGGACAAGUGGCAGAGCAGGUGUGUGUACUCUGCAGCAGUGUGGUACUUUAACCACCUGGCAGGACUGAUGGAUAUCGUGAUGAUCACAGACGACCAGGAAGCUGUGACUCGCUACAGCAGCCUCAACUCAGGAGUGUACGUCGUCUCCGUCCAGGAGUAUCUGCAGAGCUUCUGGCCCGAGCUGCCAGCGGCUGGCGAGCUCUACGCCUCCGUGCGCCAGGCGCUGCAGGAGAAGGAGAGCGAGGGCAAGGAGGGCGAGUUCACCGAGCACCUCCCGCCUGAGGUCCUGGAGGCGGGCAUCAAGUCCGGGCGCUACAUCCAGGGGACUCUGAACGUCAGCAAACACCGAGCACAGACGGAGGCCUUCAUCAGGACGGAGGAUUCCUCCAACAAGAGCUCAGGCGGCUCGGGCGUGUUGGUGUCCGGAGACAAGAACCGGAACCGGGCGAUGCACGGGGACGUGGUCGUGGUGGAGCUGCUGCCGAAGAGCGAGUGGCGAGGGAAGACCUCCACCCUGACGGAGGCUCGGGGGGAGGAGAAGAGCGGAGAGGGCGGAGACAGCCAGCCGCUGCCUACAGGCCGCGUGGUGGGGGUCCUGCAGAGGAGCUGGAGGGACUACGUGGUCACGUUCCCCCCCCGGGACGCCACCCAGCCCCAGAGCAGGAACUCCCAGAGGAUCCUGGCUGUUCCGUGGGACCAUCGCAUCCCCAAGAUCCGCAUCAGCACGCAGCAGGCCGACGCCCUGCAGGGUCACAGAGUGAUGGUGCGUAUCGACUCGUGGGAAAGCUCCUCCCUCUAUCCCAACGGCCACAGCGUGCGGGUCCUGGGUCGAGCCGGGGAGCUGGAGACCGAGGUCCAGACCAUCCUCAUCGAGAACUGCAUCCACGUGCCGGCCUUCUCAGACGCUCAGCUGAAGGAGAUGCCGCUCAGCUCGCCUGAGAAGCCGUGGCGGGUGGAUCCGGUCCAGGUGGCCGAGCGGCGGGACCUCCGGGACCACCUGGUGUUCAGCAUCGACCCGCUGGGCUGCGAGGACGUGGACGACACGCUGUCGGUGCGACGCCUCGCCGGCGGGACGCUGCUGGAGCUCGGCGUCCACAUCGCUGACGUCACCCACUUCGUCGGCGAGGGGUCACUCACCGACCUGGAGGCUCGAACCAGGGCUACGACCUACUACCUGGCGGACCGGCGGUACGACAUGCUUCCUGCGGUGCUCAGCGCCGACCUCUGCUCUCUGCUGGGAGGAGUCGACAGGUAUGCCAUGAGCGUGCUGUGGGAGCUCGACGCCCAAACGCUCGCCGUCAACCAGGUGUGGUUUGGGCGCACCAUCAUCCGCUCGUCCUACCAGCUGCACUACGAGCUGGCCCAGGCGCUGCUGCACGGAGAGAAGGUGGAGGUGAAGGAGCUGGAGCGGCUGGGCUCGGAGGAGAAGGAGGUGAAGCUGACGGAGCUCACCCGGGCUCUGGAGACGCUCACACACGUAGCGAGACACCUGAGAGCUCAGAGGGACCGAGGAGGAGCGCUGGAGCUGGAGGGGGUGGAGGUCCGAGCCCAGCUGGACGAGGGGGGGAACAUCACGGCCCUGGUGCCCCGGCAGCCGCUGGAGGUCCACGAGACCGUGGCCGAGUGCAUGAUCUACGCCAACCACUGGGUGGCGCGCAAGAUCCAGGAGGCCUUCCCUCAUCAGGCGCUGCUGAGGUUUCACCCGCCCCCCCGGCAGGAGUUCUUCGGCCAGCUGGUGGAGAGCGCCAAGGCCGGAGGGUACACCAUCGACACCAGGACCAACAAGGCUUUAGCCGACUCCCUGGACCGGGCCGUGGACCCCCAGGACCCGCUGGUGAACAGGCUGCUGAGGAUGAUGACCACGCAGGCCAUGUCCGAGGCGCUGUACUUCUCCACCGGGGCUCAGCCCGUGGACCAGUUCUAUCAUUACGGUCUGGCUCUGGACCGCUACACCCACUUCACCUCCCCCAUCCGACGCUACGCCGACGUGGUCGUGCACCGCCUUCUCACCGCCGCCCUCGCCGCCGAGAGGGGGGGGGGCCCCGGGAGAGCUGCAUCCAGUAACAAGGAACUGGAAGAGAUGGCUCAGCACAUCAACAACAGGAACAGGGCCGCCAAGCGAGCGCAGAAGUUAUCCACAGAGCUGUUUCAGUGUCUCUACUUCAAGGAGAGAGAUCCUCAGACGGAUCGGCGCUGCGUGGCCGACGCCGUCAUCUACUCCAUCAGGGACAACGGCGUGCUGGUGUUUGUCUCCGAGUACGGCGUGAAGGGCCCGGUGUACCUGAAGAACCGGGAGGGCCUGGUGGUGGCGUCCGGCCCGGACGGAGGCUGCGAGUGGCAGAGCGGCUCGGUGCGGCGCUCCCACGACCACAUCAGCACCGCCUCCAGCUGCGGCACCUCCACCUUCAGGCUGUUCGACCACGUCACGGUCCGUAUCUCCGUCCACUCGUCCCACUGCCACGCCGACCGGCUCGACCUGGAGCUGGUCAGCAACCGGCCGCACCGCAGCGCCGCCGCCGCCCCCCCCCAGCAGCCCAGCGCCCAGGGCCGCAGCCAGCUGGUGCAGGAGGUGGUGCGCCUGGCGGAGGAGGCCACCCAGCAGAAGGCCGCCCGGAGGCCCAAGCUCUCCAGGGAGGAGAGAGAGUUCAGUCAGAGCAAAACCCCAAAUCUGUACUCGCUGCUGGAGGAGGUUCGAGAGCUGGCUCUGAGGGACCUGGACCUGGACCUGGACCUGGACCCGGUCCCUCCGGUGUGUGCGUCCACGGCUUAGAGACACGAGGGG